AUGGCUGCCAUUGGGUCUCUCGUCUUCUGCACUGACUGUGGAAAUCUGCUGCCCUCAUCAAAGGGCAGUUCAAAGAAUAUUCUGCAGUGUGAGUGCUGCGGUGCUGAAAAUCAAGAUGCUGCUUCGAAUACAAUUAUCACCAAGUCGAAGCCAUCUGACUUUCCCUCCUUUCUGCGCCAGAAGCUGUCCACCGUUCAGACGGUGAAACGGCAUGAAGUGAACACGGAGGCGACAACAAACCAGAUCUGCGGCAAGUGCGGGCGAACAGAGGUCCGGUUCUCAGCCGUGCAGCUUCGAAGUGCAGAUGAGGGCUCAACGAUUUUUUACACCUGUGAUUGUGGUAAUAAAUGGAGCGAGAAUAACUAG